ACUGUGAACGCCCGCCAAAGAUGGAUUUCCUGUCUCACUAAACCUGCAUUUUGGACUUGGUCUGUGCAUAGGUUGUUUACUAAAUGUCAGACAAACACGAAGAGGAAAACUCCCCAGCCUCGGCGACGUUCGUGGAAAAAGUGAGAUUUGCACGUAAACGCACCACAAGCACCAAGCACUAUAAGAGAAAGCGGCUAGACUGGACGGCAUUGAACGCAACACGUCGCUGAGAAGAAGUCCAAAGUCCAGCUGAGUUGUGUCCAAGUUCUAAAAUGGAGGCGAGGCUGGCUGGGAACAAAGUGGUCCUGCUGGUCGGCGGAGCCGCCGUCGCCGUGGCGGCUUUGGGCCUGGGGUAUAAAUACUUGUGGAAGCCGGAGCAGCUGGUCCGCGUGGGUGUGGUGUCGCAGCUCCUCGUCCACCCGCUCAAGUCCGGCAAGGCGGUGUCGGUGCCGCUCGCCGAGUGCCGGAAAAUGGGCCUCAAGUGCGGACAGAUGCAGGACCGACACUGGAUGGUGGUGAAGGAGGACGGUCACAUGGUGACAGGCCGCCAGGAGCCCCGCCUUGUUCUGGUGUCCCUGACCUGCAAGGGAGGCUCCGUCUGCCUGAACGGCCCCGACAUGACGGAGCUGCGUUUCCCCGUCCAGCAGCCCCACAACCCCGUGGUCAACUGCAGAGUGUUCGGCACUGACGUCGAGGGGCGGGACUGCGGCGAUGAAGCGUCUGGUUGGUUGGGUGACUUCCUGGGCGGCGAGAAGACCCUCCGCCUGGUGCACUUUGAAGCCCACAUGAGGGCCAGGAAGGCUGCCAACAUGGAGCCUCUCUUCUCUCCAAAUGAGGAGGUGGCGUACCCAGACUGUGGGCCGGUGAUGCUGUUGUCCCAGGCCUCCGUCAAAGAUCUGAGCAGCAGGUUGGACAAGGAAGUCACAGUGGAACGAUUCCGUCCAAACAUCGUCAUCAGCGACUGUGAGGCCUUCGCUGAGGAUUCAUGGGAAGAGAUCCAGAUUGGCAGCGUACGACUGCGGCGUGUGAUGUCAUGCGGGAGGUGUAUUUUCACCACAGUUGACCCGGAAACUGGAAUCAUCACCAGAAAAGAACCUUUGGAAACACUGAAAAGCUACCGACAGUGCAGUCCCAAGGAGAAGCACAUCUACAAGUCGGACCCGCUGUUUGGACAGCUGCACAGCGUGAAGAGGACGGGCGUCCUGCAGGUUGGCGACCACGUCUUCCAGAUCCGCCGCUGACGGAGCAGGAAGGUGCAUCUUUCUCACACACCAACCAAAAGUGUCCAACUAACAAAGCUGUCAUUGAAACAAAUAAUAUGUAUUUUCAUCAAUAAUACUGUCAAGCAAUAACUCAUUGCUAAAGGGCAUUAUUUCAUUCAUGAACAAAGAUAAACUUGU